CCGCUCCGCCUCCAAGGCGUUGUGGAAGAAAGGAUCCCAGUCAGGAGGCUGCAUUAAAGGGCGAUAAACAAGCAUCAAUGUAUGUACUUUAGGAAAAAAAAAAUGCGACCGCGCCGGCUCAGCUUACAUGGAAGAGGACUGUAGGGUUGGAGCUGUGUUUACGCGCCGCCCCGUUAUGCGCUCCGGAGACACGUACAGCACGUCAAAGAAAUCAGAUUUCUCUGGGCGACUUGUGUUUACACAGGAGCCAUCCAAAGCCACGUUUUAGCAAGUAAGCCUGGUUGGGACAGUACAGUACAGGCUUGUUUAGCAUUUGAGUCAGUGCCCAUGCAAACAGUGGAGCAGCAGAGCAGCAAUACGUGACCAUAUAAGUGGAUUUAUCUGAGAUCACAGGAGGAAAACUGUGCAUCGGAGAGCUUUUGAUAUCAUGGAGUGUUGCAGCUGAUCGAGCACAUGUUGUGCAUGUAGCCGAUCGAUUCGUUGUUUGAACUUUCACUAUGGCUGUGGACCGGGAAACUGUUGCAAACUAACAACAACUACGCCUGGCUUCGGCUGCAGGGGAUGGUACAUCGGCAUCAUUUCUCAAAGUAGUCUUUAGUUUCACAUCGCUGUCAACGAGCUCCGGCCGACAGUGUGCUGCUGGGUAAACAUGGAGAGCCAGGAGGAGAGGGAGAGCAGCCCUCCCAAGUCAGACAGGAGGUUCGCCCUGACUUACAUCGGCUGGUCCUCGCUCGACAGGCGCACCACCCUGCCCAUGCUGCCGUGGCUGGUGGCGGAGAUCCGCAGGAAGAGUGAGAAGGGCGACUGCGGCCCCGUGGCGCAGCCGAGAGAAGUUCAGCUGGCCCUCAACCCCCCCUUCAUCCGCUGCGUCCCGUCCAACAGCAACAACUCCUCAGUCUUUAUCUUCGAGCACAAAGCACAGCUCAUCUCUCGCUUCAUCCACAACAGCAAUGACCUCAGCUACUUUGCCUAUCUGCUGCGGGGACAGCCCGACAACCCCGAGUCUGAGAUGUCCUGUCACGUCUUCAGGGCCUCAGACCCCAACCAGGUCCCUGAGGUGAUCAGCAGCAUUCGCCAGGUGUCCAAAUCAGCCCUGAAGGAAGACGCCAAGCCAAAACAGGAAGCUGACGAGGCCUUCUACAACUCCCAGAAGUUUGAAGUGCUUUACUGUGGCAAGGUGACGGUUCUGCACAAAAAAGCUCCAGUCACCCUCAUCGACGACUGCAUCGACAAGUUUCGUCAGCAUGAGGUCGAGCGCAAGCGCCUGCGACUGCUCAACGGCCAGAGAGGGUCCACAGAGAGUGCUCCUGUGGAGUUUCUCCUUGGAGGAGAGGGAGACCCACUGUCCUCCGCUCUGAAUGAGAGUAUAGAAGAGCCUGAAGGUCUCAUAUUGGUGGAAUUAGCUGGAGCUAUAGGUAAAGGCCUGUGCAGCAGUACCAGUCAGAGCAGCCUGCGAGGAACGUUCCCCGAGUGCAUCCUGGAGGAUUCUGGCUUCGAGGAGCCUCAGGAGUUUCGUACGCGCUGCAGCAGCCUGGCGGGGAGUCUGCAGAGAAAGCCGGGGGAGGGAGUCAUCAUAGGUCCCACACGUCGCAGACACUCAAGCGCACCGAACCACGUUCAGCCAUCUGAUUCAGACAAGAACCGCACCAUGCUCUUCCAGGUCGGGCGUUUUGAAGUAAAUCUCAUAAGUCCAGACACGAAAACAGUGGUGCUGGAGAAGAACUUCAAAGAUAUCUCAUCCUGCUGUCAGGGUGUCAAGCAGUCCGACCAUUUUGGAUUCAUCUGUCGGGACCAAUCAGAGUCUGGUCCUGGUCAGUAUGUGUGCUUCGUUUUCCAGUGUGCCAGUGAGUCCCUGGUGGAUGAGGUGAUGCUGACCCUGAAGCAGGCCUUCACCACAGCAGCAGCCUUACAGAGCAACAAGACCCAGAUCCAGCUAUGUGAAGCCUGCCCCAUGCAUGACCUGCACAAGCUCUGUGAGCGGAUUGAAGGUCUCUACCCACCGAGAGCAAAGCUGGCCAUCCAAAAAUAUCUCUCCCAGCUGACUGACAAUGAGCAGGCUGAGAUUUUCGAGCGAGUUCAGAGAUUGAAGCCUGGGUCAGACCAAGAGGAAAAUGAGCUGGUGAUUCUCCAGCUGAGGCAGCUCUGUGGAGCCAAACAGAAGUCCCACCUCCACAUCGGAGAGGUCCCGCAGAAUACAGCGAACAGCCCAUCAGCAGGAGACGGCGCCGCCACCAGCAGCCGCUUCAAACUCGAUGUUCUUAAGAAUAAAGCACGCACAUCCCUCACCAACUCCCUGGAGAACAUCUUUGCAAGGGGUGCCAGCCGGAUGCGGGGCCGUUUGGGAAGCAUGGGAAGCAUCAGCGGUUUUGAAAGGCAGGAUGAGGAAUCUCCCGGUCACUCCCCUCCUGGAUCGCCUCCUGCUUUCUCUGACGAUGACCCGGAAGCUGGCAUGCAGUUCCGUCGGCGUGCCCACACCUUCAGCCAUCCACCUGUGAAGAAACGCAUCUCCUUCGAAGGGCAGCCGUCCACCCAACACAGACAGCCUCCACUGCGCAGACAACAGUCUGUUAACCCUGAGCUGCUGCAGAGCAGUCCCGUGGUUGUCUCGAGAACGCGCAGCGUUUCGGAGAGCGAGUCCACCUUCAGCCUCCCCUCCUCCUUCUCCGCCCCCACUUUCCUGAAAAGCAUUUACCAGGGCUCACUGGGCUCCCUGAGCUCCCUGGCAGACAGUGGGAGCCUCAAGAGCAAUGGGGAAGGCAGGAAGAGGACCCUGUCUGGCUGCAGCAGCGACUCAGUGAGCGGAGGUCUCCCCCCGACCCCACGCAGGGUCUCCUGGAGACAGAAGAUCUUCCUGAGGGUCGCCUCGCCCAUGAUCAAGCCGUCUGCAUCCAUGCAGCACACAGACGGCUCUGAUGGCAGGGAGCUGUUGCCUCUCUCCCCUCGCGGCUUGGAUUCAAGUCUGGAUCCCCUGGGGCUUCUAUUGCCAAAGGCAGGUGACCCCCUGUCUGGGGAGAGGCCCAAAAAGACGGGGGCUGACUACCGGGCCCUCUGGAAGACUGCCAUCCACCAGCAGAUACUACUGCUGCGCAUGGAAAAGGAGAACCAGAGGCUGGAGGCAAGCAGGGACGAGCUGCACAUCCGUAAGAUGAAGCUGAACUACCAGGAAGUGGGCCAGUGCUCCAAAGAGGCGCAGGCAUUGUGGGAGAGAAAACUGACAGCCCCAGGCAGAACGACAGUCCCACAAGACAAGGAGGAGAUGUAUCGUGCACUCUGCCAAGGUGUUCCCAAAAGCAGGCGCGGGGAGGUCUGGUUGCUCCUCUCCCAUCAGCACCGGCUGCGUCACAGGCUGCCCCAGCGUCAGCAAGCCCCGGACACCCACUACCACAACCUGCUCAAGCAGCUCACCGCACAGCAGCAUUCUAUCCUGGUGGAUCUAGGCCGGACCUUCCCCACCCACCAGUACUUCUCAGCCCAGCUGGGCGCAGGGCAGCUUUCCCUCUACAACCUCCUGAAAGCCUACUCUCUGCUGGAUACAGAGGUCGGCUAUUGUCAGGGUAUCAGCUUCGUGGCCGGAGUGCUGCUGCUGCACAUGAGUGAAGAACAGGCCUUUGACAUGCUGAAGUUCCUCAUGUAUGACCUCGGCAUCAGGCAGCAGUACAGACCUGACAUGGUCUCUCUACAGGUUCAGAUGUACCAGCUCUCCAGGCUCUUACACGACUACCACCGCGAGUUGUACAAUCACUUGGAGGAGCACGAGAUCUGCCCCAGUCUCUACGCAGCGCCGUGGUUCCUCACUCUCUUCGCCUCACAGUUCCCCCUCAACUUUGUGUCUCGCAUCUUUGAUUUUGUAUUCGUCCAAGGGACCGGGGUGAUCUUCAAAGUGGCCCUCUGUCUGCUGAGCAGCCAUGAGGGGGAGAUAGUGGAGUGCGACAGCUUUGAGAGCAUCGUGGACUAUCUGAAAACUACACUUCCCGCCCUCACUCAGACACAGAUGGAGCAGACCAUUGCAAAGGUGAUGGAGAUGGACAUCUCCAAGCAGCUGCAUGCGUACGAGGUGGAGUACCAUGUCCUGCAGGACGAGCUGUUAGAGUCUGGACCGUUGUCUGAUGACUCGGAGCGGCUCGACAAACUAGAAAAGACAAAUGUGCAGUUGAAGAAACAGAACAUGGACCUGCUGGAAAAACUUCAGGCUGCGCGGCAGAAGAUCCAGACACUGGAGACGAGCGUGGAGAACUUCCUUUCUCGGGAGAGCAAAAUGAAGCACAUGAUUCGCUCUCUGGAGCAGGAGAGGGCAGCUUACCAGAAGACCAUUGAACGCAUGCGCUCAUGCCUUCCCCCUGACGCCCUGACAGAUGUGGAGAUGACCCAGAUCAAAACAGGACCCAACGGGAAAGCCAAAACUGCAGCCAAGAAGCCCUGAUGGCAACCAGGGGGCUGGCUGCUGUGGGCAGACGCACAGGCAGAGACUGAAGUGAACAAAUGGAGACUUGCUUUUAGUGGAAGGCUGCUGAGCUCCACAGCUAUUGUUGAACUGCUGCACAAGAGCAGCAAGGUUUUUGUAAAUGUGUGAUGUCUGGACUUGAGACGUGCAGACUGUAUGGGAAAUAUGUACGUGGUGUUUGUCAGCAUAUAAUAGAGCAGUGGGAGGAUGGUUUCAGUUAUAUUAGCAAACAGGCUGCUCCAUCAGUGCAUCAAAGCUGCUGUUCUGUCUGGUCUGUUUCACUGCCAGUUUGAAGGUGAGAUCCGUCCUUGCCUGCUCAGAUCUUUUUUGGUAAUCACAGGGGGAUUUUUUUAGAUUGACACAAGUGAGAAAUGUGUCUGCCUCUGCAAAUCUUUUCGAGCACUGCCUUGAUGCAUUUUACUACCAGUCUCAGUAGCACCACAGAGGCAGUAAACAGAAGUCGACAAACAAUCUUUUGGACCUCAGGUUCAACUUAUAGCCAUUACCAGUGUGUAUGAUCUCGGCUUUGAUGCCUCUGUGUUAUUUGUUGUUCUGUGAUCACAUUGCUUUGUCAUUUCCUCGUGUUCACUUGAAUUUUGUGAAUGUAAUUUCCCUCCAAAGAUCACGGUGAUAACAUCCGAGCGCACGUCUGCCAUAUUAGGCUUUAAAUUUCUGCAGACACAUAUGGCAGCUCUUUGCUCAGCCCUCAGCGCCGCACCACUGCCUUCACGUGAGACAUCUUUAGUACGUGCACUUGCUGCUUCUAAGGAGGAAGUGUUUCUUCCAAAGCUCAGGCAGGAUGUGAGGUUGUCUGCCUUCUCAGUUUCCUGUGUGACUGACCGCGGUGUCGCCUCGUUUUAGCACCACGUUCAGACAACUAAGGCAGAGGUCACGCACCCCAGGAGGCACCGAAAAAAACAGACACAUGCGGAGGAGUGAUCUGAAUGUACAUCACAUGAUCCUGUUUUAAAAAGUCUGUGUGGCAUUUUUUGUUUUUGUCUGCCGGAGGUUUGACAAAACUAGCAACACCCUCUCUUCCUGUAGUUGUCGAAGGUGGGUCUACAAACACCUCGAGUUGUUUGGCUCAAGAUUUUCAACACAGCAUAUCUGCAGUUGCAAUACUGCUGGUCACACAUCCGAUUUUAUGUUUGCAGUGAAACUCAAGUGUUUAGGUGAGUAGGGAGACCGCAAAGGAAAUAAAAAAGACUUAAUUCAGUUUCCUUUUGAGUGGGGAAAGAGUCUCUCCUGAAGCUAAUAUAUACAGUAUAUGUACACACACACAUUCGCAUGCAAACAGUGAACCGUCUGAUUGUAAGGGCAGACGGUUCGGAUGAGUUCAAAGCGUGUCCCUGGCUGUCUCCUCAGUUUUGUUUUAUCCCACCUCCGUGUCUGACUCAACAUCGCCAGUACUGAUUGAAAGCAAAACAGUCUUGGGCUUGACUCCGCUUUCAUAAAACACCGUUACAUUAAAAUCAAGGUGAUGUCUAUCAUGACAAAAGCACUUGCUAACAGUGUCUACCAGCCUGCCUGUCCUUGGUUACAUGUGGCGACACAUUUGUCUGUUUCAGUGUAAAGUUUUUAUUCUCAAACUUCAGUCCAGGCACACAUAUCCUUUGGCGUACAAUGUUUUUAUGUUGAAGCAAUUCUGUGUGGUUGCAUAUACCCAGAGCACUUGCUACAGGAGCUACAGUUAUGCACAUCGAGUUUGAUAAAUCUGCCCUAACGUUUGCUAUCAUGGUAAAAUGUUCUUUUGGUUGUUGUAAAGGUUUGCACCAAAUUUCUCAUUAAUAAUACCUAAAUCAUCACCUCUGAACAACAGGGACUCUCAACAGUUCAGAUAAUUAAACAUAUCAAAAUCGAAAUCUGUUGAAGGACACGUAGGAUACAGUCCUACACCGCUUCCUGCCUCUUUAUGCCUGUAUUUUUUUGCUCUAAUACAGUAUUUGUGCAUCAUAUAAAUUGACCUUUGAACCAAAGAUGUGGUUGCUUUUCGAAAACGAAUGAAUGCAAAGUGAAUGAAUCCAUCCACACUGCUGUGGUGUAUGAUAUGUUAAAUGUUUUAACUUUCUUGUCACUCCACUUUUUCUGCUUUCUGUAGGUUUGUACUCAGACAAAAGCUUGAAAAAAAUACCAAAUAUUGGCAGAAAAAACUUGACACUUAAAAAAAAAGACCAUUGGUUGACUUGUUUACUUGUCGUUCACAUCGUAUUCCUUUGUGCCAAAAAUAAAUAAUGGCCUUUAUUCUCCAUUAAUCGGAGAUACAAGACCGUUUUGUCAAUAUCUAAUAUCAAGCACAUCCGAGUGGUCAGCAAAGGGUCGUAAUUUUACAUCAGGUGCUCCGACUCCUGACUACUAAAUAGUGCUUGUAACACUGUGUUGAAAGGAAAGACGCUCAACAAUAGAUGGAUUGUUUUUCUGUCAACAUGAGGGCUACACAUAAACAAAGACACUGUCAUGAAUUCUUCAAUAAAGUUCACCUUGCCUUGU